UCUUUCGCUUCAAUAUUUAUUUUUGGUAUAUUUGAUUUGGCAUAAUACUUUUCGACAACAAAUAUAAACGCGAAUAUCUGUUUCAGAUGUGAAAUAAAAUAUUUUGAGCAAACGAUGUCUUUUUUUAUAGGUGGAGUGGUUGACUUGGUCGUAAACGAUAUUGUACUUCUGACAGGAAUAGUUUUAUUUAUUACCUAUCCAAGAACGCCAACGCAGAGGAAUGGCGAGGAGACACAAGUUACCUGUAGGUCUCCUCCCGUCAUACCGAACGCUCAAGGUCCCCCUCCCACGGGUCCUUUCCCCGUGGGUUCUUCAUACCGGUAUACAUCUUAUGUCGCGGGUUACAGCUCGUCCGGUGAUCCCUCCACAACUUGUCAAGCUGACGGACAAUGGUCACCUGUAGUCUUCCAAUGUAGAGCAUUGGCAGAUUGCUCUGCAGUUUUGAGGGCAGACUCCGGUGCCAGCGGAAAUGACGGAGUGUAUACAAUUAUCCCGGAUGGUACGACCCAGAAACAAGUCUUCUGUGAUAUGACGACUAAGGGUGGCGGGUGGACGGUCAUACAGCGGCGAGAGGAUCAAUCAACAGAUUUUUACAGAACUUGGGAAGAGUACAAGGCGGGAUUUGGAAAUCCUGCACAGAAUCAUUGGAUAG